AUGUCUUCUCAUGGCAAUGACAUUCAUUUUUACAAGAAAAUUGAGGAAGACAACCUGCGAAAUGGGCACAUGAGGAUUCCUCGAAGUUUUGUUAACAAAUGUUGGGAAGAAAUAUCAAACCCAAUAGUCCUUUUGCUACCUAACGGUGCUAAAUGGGAAGUGAAAUGGAAAAGGCCUGAUGUUGACGUUUGGUUAAGCAAUGAUUGGAAGAAAUUUUCCGAAUUCUAUGCUUUGGAUGAGAACCAUCUUUUGGUCUUCAGAUAUGUGGGGAAGUCAAGGUUUCAUGUUGUAAUACUUGAUCAGAGUGCAUUGGAAAUAAAGUACCCUUUGUUGGAAGAAGCAACUUUUGAUGAUGAAAAGGGUGAUAACUCUUCACGCCAUAAUAAAAGACAGAAAUCUCCCUUAGCCUUUUCUAGUUUUACUAAGAAGAUCAAAACUAACCCAACAAAGGAGCCUCAAUGUUAUCACAGUCAAGAUGUUGAAACUAAACAUGCUCAAUCUAGAAUGAAUUCAAGGCCCAAAAAUAAAGGUGGGGAUGUGGGUGGAAGAAGAUAUAUCUAUGCCAAUAGAAGUAGCUCAAAAUUUAAGGCUCCUCAACGUGAGGAGUCAUUGGAAGAUACUGAUGGUAGUAGUGCUUGGGAGAGAGCCAAUGCUUUCCACUCUGAGAAUCCUUUUUUCAUUCGUGAAAUGCACCCAUCAUACGUUCAAAAAUAUUUCUUGGUCAUACCAGGCCACUUUAUAAAAUCAUCUCAACCAGAAGGGGAUGACAGUGUUACUCUGUGUGUAUCUGAGGAAAGAUCUUGGGGGGUCAAGUUUAAGACAAAUCGUAACAAUGAACAAGUGAUGUUUACUACAGGUUGGAUGAAUUUUGUGAAGGACAAUAACUUAAAAAUUGGUGAUGUAUGUGUUUUUGAGGAGACUAUGUCAGUAGGAAUUUCAUUUAGAGUUGUUAUUUUUCGGGAUAGAGAAGAAUCAAGCCCUCCCCUACUUCAAGCUCAUGGGGAUGGUGCAAAGCAAAGAAAACGAACAAGGUUUCAAAAUAGUUUCACUAAAAGGGGCUGUGAAGGAAUUCCAAGAGAGGACUCAAGGGCUAAUGUCAUUGAUGAUUCUGAAUUUCCAACAUGUAACAACAAAAUGUGGGAGAAUCAAUUAGCCCUCACCAUAAAGUCUACUCAAAUGAAGUAUAUGUACAUACCAGUCAAUUUCAUAAGAAAGCUUGCCAUUGAUAAUGUAAAUGAGGUGACUCUGCAAGUUGGGAAGAGAUCAUGGCUCGUUAAGCUGAAGUAUUAUCCAAUGCAUAACUACGGAAGAUUCUCUUUGGGUUGGUCAUCAUUUGUUAGGGAAUGUCAUUUGAAGGCCGGAGAUGUUUGUUUCUUUGAGCUGAUUGAUAAGAGAAAAAAUGUGCUUAAAGUUAAAAUUUCGGGAUGCAUUGACUGA